AUGAUUGUGUGCGGAGUUCCGCAGGGAUCAAUUCUUGGUCCCUUGCUGUUUUUAUUAUAUAUUAAUGAUUUACCCGAAUGCCUCGAAAAAACUUUGCCACACCUAUACGCUGAUGAUACUCAAAUUUCUACUUCUGCUAAAACUAUUGAGGAACUUACUGAAAAUCUAAAUAAUGACCUGAAAAAAGUCGGUGAGUGGCUUGCUCGAAAUAAACUGCAACACCACCCAACUAAGACCAAAUUAAUGUAUAUCGGUUCAAAGUAUAAUACUGAUACUAUGACUUAUGAUAUUCCAGUAAUGAUGAAUAACCAAUUCAUAACUCUUGCUCAUUCAUACACAUGCCUUGGGGUUAAACUUGAUGAAAACCUUAAUUGGCAUGAGCAUGUUGAAAUGAUUUGUAAGAAAGUUGAGGCCGGCAUAGGAGCAAUGCAACGAAUUAAGCCAUAUGUUCCUAUAAAUACCCUGCAUACCAUUUACAGAGCUUUGAUAGAACCGUAUUUUGAUUAUUGUAGUCCAUUAUGGGACGUCUGUAACCAACAGCUGAAAGAUAAGCUUCAAAAGUUCCAAAACCGUGCAGCGAGAAUUAUAACCGGCGCCAGCUAUGAAACAAGGUCUGCUGAUGUUCUUCAAUCCCUUGCUUGGGAAAAUUUAGAGAUAAGACAACGUACAACUAAAUCCACAUUAAUGUAUAAAGUCCUGAAUGAUUGCGCUGGGCCGAACUUGAAGGAUACUCUAACGAGAAGGGACCUUGUUCAAACCAGUUAUAAUCUUCGCAAUACUUAUACUGACCUUACCCUUGCUAAGCCAAAACGAGAAUUUUUAAAAAAAAGCUUUAAGUAUAGCGGAGCUAAAUUGUGGAAUAGUCUUCCUUCUGAUGCGAAGCUAGCGCAAUCAAUUUAUUCUUUUAAAAACUGCCUGAUAGUUUCACGCUAACAUCUUCUAAUAUACUGUAUAUGCAUGCUUUAGAAAUAUGGGUCACACCGUUUGGAACUUAAUUCUUGUAUUGUAAAUAGUUGUAUAUAAUUCUUUAUUCUUUUCUAUAUCAUAUUUGUAAUUUUUAACAGUAACAGACGUCCCUCGUGAAAAUCAACAAAUCGUUGACGAGGCUAACGUCUUUAAAUAAAGUUUACAUACAUACAUACAUACAUCGUUUAUAACUAUAGACGCAUCCAUACAAAUAUACCAAGCGCUCAUUCAGCCUCAUUUCGACUAUUGCUGCACGGUAUGGGAUGGCCUUGGGGAAACACUCAGUACUAAAUUACAAAAAUUGCAAAACCGAGCAGCGAGAGUCAUCAUGAGAUCAAGUUAUGAUACCGACGCAAGUGUAUUAUUAGAUAGUCUGCGUUGGGAUAACUUGUCAUUAAGACGACAAAAACUUAAACUUGGUCUUAUGUUUAAAACACUUAAGAGUAAUGUUCCCAGUUAUUUACAAGAAUUCUUUUCCAUUCGCGGAACUGGGUAUAACCUAAGAAAUUCUGAAAUGAGGCUGAAUUUGCCUAAGCCACGAACAAAUUACUUAAAACGAAGCUUUUGUUAUAGUGGUGCACUAUUGUGGAAUGGCCUUCCUCAAGAAAUAAGAAAGCUUCAAACACAGACUAAAUUUAAAAAAGCUGUUAAUAAGUAUUUCGACGAAUAAACGAGCCCCCACACGGCAAUCUUGUAAACCAGUAUUAGUAUUAGUUUAUUGUCUUUCUUGUAACUACUGUAGAUUUUACCGUGUUUAAAUAAAUUGUAUAACAAUAAUAAAAUAAUAAAUAAUAAUAAUAACAACCAACCACAGGAAAUAUGACAGACUGAUCAAACGCAUUUACUCUUUUUUAAGAUUCCGAUGGUUCUGAUGGUUAUACCAAGGGCAACGGGCGUAUAACAGCUACCAACAAGGUUUACACGCUGCCAAAACGCCGUAUUCGAUAUGUUCGAAUUUCACGGGAGGAACCAAGCACACAGCUCAGUGUGUGUGAAAUAGCCGCUUAUCAGAAGCCUUUUG